AUGUCUGAUAUCCCCUACUUCAUACAUGGUCGUCCAGGUGGUGUAUACCCGCGUCUGGAAGUCCGAGAACUAGCGAAGAUCAAUGAGCAGUGGACCCUCUUCAACCUCGGUUUACAACGUAUCCAGCAGGCGGAAUAUAAGCCAGUGGCUGCCAAAUUUAUUUCACUUGGUGGGAUCCAUGGUCUUCCGUUUCAGCGUUGGAGCGGUGAUCCCAAAGGUGCUCCAGGACCAUUGAGCUCGGAAUAUGGAGGCUAUUGCAACCAUGCCUCUAUUCUAUUCCCGACUUGGCAUCGUCCAUAUGUUCUCGCGCUCGAGCAAUCCAUCGGAGAAGCAGCCCUUGUCAUUGCUGGAGAGUUGACUGAAGAACUUUCUGACGCUGUUAAGAAAAUCUGGAUCACUGCUGCUCAGCAACUCCGUUGGCCCUAUUGGGACUGGACAGAUCCAAGUACUGGUAAAGAAGGAUUACCAGCUCUUUUAAAGCCUCACGCAGUUGUUCUGCAAAUACCGAACGGGACUCAAAGGCGUCUCGAAUACAAUCCUCUCGCUACAUAUCAAUUUGAGAAUCCUCGUCCUGAUGGGUUCCAAAACAUGGAGAACUCAAAAGAUGAUAGAUGGAGUCCUUUUCAAGUUGGACAAACAGCGUACUUCAAGGAUUGGACUUCAACCUAUCGUUGGCCUACAAAUAGCCUUCACCCAGAAGAACAAUAUGCAAGCAUCGAUGAUUUACUCACUGAUGAUGAUAAGAACAAUCGAUAUGGAUGGAGAAGUUUGAGGAGCAAUGUUGCUCACCUCUUUACGUUUCCUCUUGCAGCUGGAAAGGACGAGGACCCAUUUAUUUGGGAUGAGUUUUCAAACACAACAUUCCAAUCAUACAAGACUAAGAUCGCAAGAGGAAUGAAAGACUACAAAGCUGGGAGUGUUGAGCAUCCUCACAACUCGGUACAUCUUCUCCUUGGAGGACUAGGGCAUAUGUCCAACAAUGAUUAUGCAGGAUUCGACCCGAUUUUUUACUUGCAUCACGCCAAUAUUGACCGUAUUCUUGCCCUUUGGGAAUAUAUCUAUCCGAACUAUUGGAUGGGUGAAGGGUACCGCGAUAAAGAGGGGAAACUCAUUAAGUUUGUCCAACCCGGUGGCAACUGGUCUGAGAAACCUGAUGCUACAGUUGAUGAAUCUUCAGAACUUGAACCAUACCGGAAUGAUAGCAAUAUUUACUGGACCUCGAACGAUGUACAUGGUUUGCAGGCUGAUGAGGGUGUGAAGAAGUGGUAUACCUACACUCUCACACAUAAUCAGGUUUCCAUCGAUGUCUCAAAGCCCAUUCAAGAGGCUGACCGCCCCAUAUACCUUAAGGCUCUCCAGGAUUACUUCGGCCUUGAUAUCCUUGCAUCCCGGCUUAAAUAUGGAAUAAGCCAUCCCAUCAUUCCCGCAUUGAGAGGCACCGGGAUUCCUCCUUACAGGUUCGAGGAGGUCGCUGACUAUCGCCACUUUAUCAUUGUUGCCGACAUCCUUGAACAUGCUUAUACCGGUUCCUACAGACUCGAGAUUCUGUACAACAACAUCAAUAUUGGUGUAGUCACCUCCCUUGCUCGUGGUCUAGACACUCUUUGUGCUGGCUGUCAAGGGCGCCGGGAGACCAAAAACAGAAUCCGGGGAACUAUUGCUGUUCAUCAAGAUGUAGUGAACCAAAUCUACUCCCUGGUCGAACAAAGUGAUCAGCCGAACCAGGAAGAUGUGUUUAAAAAAGUCUUUAAAUUGGCUUUCUCUGCUCAACUUGUGGGGCCAACAGGCACUGUGCUGGCUACGGCGAGCAACGAUGUUGAUCCCACUGAAGAUAAUGCACUUCCGGAGGAAAAGUGUCCAAACAUCACAAUCCAUUCUACCUCUGCAGCUACCCAUGAAGAGCAGGGAUAUUGUCUGUUCUUUGAUGAUACGGAGUAUGGUCAGAUCCUUGAAGGGAAGUGGGUCAAUAUUCCCCCGGAGCAGAGAGUGUGA